AUGGCUGCAUCUCUGAACCUGAUCGUGCUGGUGCUGCUGGUGGUGGUGCUGAACGCGGCCAGAGCCGGCCCCGUUCCCCCCACCAAGUCCACCACAGCCGGGAGAGACUGCCGCAUCGACAGCUUCAAGUCUCUCUCUCCACGGGAGCUGGAGGCCUUCAAGACAGCCAGGGAUGCCUUGGAAGAGUCACUGUUGCUUAAGAGCCGCAGGUGCACCUCCCGCAUCUUCCCCAGGGCCUGGGACCUGAAGCAACUACAGGUGUGGGAGCGCCCCGAGGCCCUGGAGGCCGAGCUGGCCCUGUCGCUGAAGGUUCUAGAAGCCAUGGAGGACUCAGCCCCGGGACACGUCCUGGAGCCGCCCCUCCGCACACUGCGCCACAUCCACACCCAGCUGCGGGCCUGUGUGAGUCCUCGGCCCACCACCCGCCCCAAGCCCAGGGGCCGCCUCCACCACUGGCUACACCGGCUCCAGGAGGCCCCGAAGAAGGAGGCCCCCGCCUGCCUCGAGGUCUCUGUCAUCUUCAACCUCUUCCGCCUGCUCACACGGGACCUGAAGUGUGUAGCCAGCGGACCCCUGUGCGCCUGA